CUAAAAGACGAGGAGUAGAGACGCAUGCUUUUAAUUUCUUUUACAAGUCUGAAAGGUUAAGAGAAGCCUCAUACAACAGUUAUGGCUUGUUCCAGUAGUCUAAUAGCUGAACAAAACUUUGUUUGUUCCAUCUGCCUGAGUGUGUUCACUAAACCAGUGUCGAUUCCCUGUGGGCACACCUUCUGUUCUGAGUGUAUCACAAACUACUGGCACAGUAGAACUACAUUCCCGUGUCCACUGUGUAAAGAGGAGUUCUGCAUAAAACCAGUGCUUCGGGUUAACACUGUCAUUCAGGAGAUGGCUGAACAGUUAAAAAACAAAGUUGGAGAAACUUCCGGUACCUCCGAACAAGCAGGAAAUGGGAGUGUACUCUGUAGUAUGUGUUCAGGGGCAAAAGUCGCAGCCCUGAAGUCCUGCUUAGUGUGUUUCAUGUCUUUCUGUGAAAAACAUCUGGAGCCUCAUCAGAAAAUUCCAACCCUGAAGAAGCACAAGCUGAUCAACCCAGUCGAGAACCUGGAGAGCAGGAUAUGUAAGAGGCAUGACGAGCCUUUGGACCUGUUUUGCAGGGUGGAUCACGAGUUUGUGUGUGAGGUCUGCAAAAGUGACCAUAAAACUCAUAUGAUAGUGCCUCUAGAGGAGGAGGCUCAAAUGAGAAAAACCCUGCUGGGGAACGAAAAGACACACACAGAUAAGAUGAUCGAGGAGCGUCAGCAGAAAAUUCAAGAGAUUCAAAACUCAAUGGAGGCUAGUAGAAAUAAUGCAGCAAAGGCACUGUCAUGCAGCUUGCAUGUGAUGACUGCUCUGGUUGCCUACAUUAAGAGAAGCCAAGCUGAGCUGACUGAGGUAAUUGAGAUGAAGCAGAAAAAAGCUGGAACAGAGGCAGAAGGAUUCAUUAAAGAACUGGGGGAAGAAAUUAUGCAAAUAAAUCAGAAAAACGUGGAGCUUAAUCAGGUCUCACUUGCCAACGACCCCCUCAAAUUCCUCGAGAAUCUCCUCUCUCUUACCAUCUCUAAGCCCCAGGUUAAGGACUGGUCUAAUGUGACUCUUACCAGUGACGAGUUUAUAGAACAGGGAGCCCUGGCCAAGCUGCAGACAACAGUCAUGAGAGAAAUAAGUAUGCUGUGUGAUCCCGACUUGAAAGAAAAGCAGCGGCAUGCUGUAGAUGUAACUCUGGAUCCUGACACUGCAAACCCCCACCUCACUGUUUCUGCAGAUGGGAAACAAGUCAUACAUGGAAACAGAAAGAGGAAUGUCCCGAACAAACAGGAGAGGUUUGACCAUGUCCUUAACGUCUUGGCAAAGGAAGGUUUCUCCUCAGGAAAAUUCUACUAUGAGGUCCAGGUGAAAGACAAACCACAAUGGGAUUUAGGGGUUGCAAGCCAGUCCAUCAACAGAAAGGGAGAUAUUCGACUUAGCCCCAAGAAUGGCUACUGGACUAUUUGGCUGAGGAAGGGAAAUGAGUUUACAGCCAAUGCAGGCCCUGCCAUUACCAUCCCUGUGAGGAAGAUGCCUCAAAAGGUUGGGGUGUUUGUUGAUUAUGAAGAGGGCCAAGUUUCCUUCUAUGAUGUAGAUGUCAGGGCUAACAUCUUCUCCUUCACCGAAUGUAACUUCACCGAGAAGCUCUUUCCUUUCUUCAGCCCCUGUGAUAAUGACGAGGGCAAGAAUUCAGCCCCCUUGAUCAUUACUCCCGUCAAACACAACAGCUGAGUUUUUUUUUUUUUCUGGGGUUUGUGAAAGAGAAAGAGAAAGGGAGAAAGAUCACAAUAGUAGAAUUUUGACAUGUUUUUAUCUGUGAAACUCCAGUGUGUCAUUCUGGUUGUCCCAUCCAUCAGCGUCAGUGUCACCUGUCACACAGACAGCUGUAGAUCACCAACAGAGUCCACAUGCAGCCAUCAGGACAUUCACUAUACACAUGGACUGACGGACAGACAGACACACACCUCUGACAGACACUGAUAUAGCCAUGCAUCUCCCUGGGUUACAAAAAGAAAUCUUUAUGAGCUGACCAUUAACUUUGAUACUUUAAAGCUGCUCCUGCGCACCACCAUGGGCUCACAAAUACCAGAAUUAUUUAUACAAGCAGGUCAAAUAGAAUUUACAAAUGAUUCAUACCAUUUGUUUUGUGCUGCUCUCAGUGCCACAUAUCAGGACUUUUUCAUAAUGCCGUGAUGGAUGGUCCUAAAAGACUCUUAUUAUUCAGUUCUUCUAAUGUGGCUCUGGAUAAUAACCGUUUUCUCCACAAAUGAAUGUGCUCAGUUAAAAGGUUAGUUAUUAAAUUGAUCAGCCACAACACUGGAGCCUGACUGGCACAUAAUGCCCUGUCCUCUAAUUAAAAUUAGCCAAACGUGCAGGUGCAAGGCUAAUUCAAAUGUGGAAUAUCUGCCUGAUUAGGAGAGACUUCAGUAACUUUUUAUUGAGCAGAGUCAAAUUAAAUCUGUUUGUUCCUUUUUUUUUUUCUUUUUUUUUUUUUUUUUUUAGAGUUGUAUAUCUUUAUUGUUAUGAUGCAGGUCUAUUGAGGGUGUGCUUCUUAAAUAAAUCUCAUCUGGUCAUCAAGCAGCAAAAAGAGGUUUGGGAGACAGGAAUACCAAAGCCCGUCACACUGGCCCAUUGGAUGUUGAAUCAUUUAGAUGCCAGUAAAGCGGGUAGCCGUAAGAUGAAAACCAUAUACUGGAUCUUAAUAAUUACAUGAUAUUUUACCUUGAUAGUCAUGCAUUUUUGACGUUAUUGAAUUAGAUCAAGACAACCCUGUAAUCUGUUCAUUAAAGUUAGUGAUUCUCUAAGUGAUUCAUGAUACACGUGUGAGAAAGUGCUGACAGACUAUAUUAGGGCUGAAACAAUAAGUAUAGUCAUCAACAGUAAGUUUACAGAAAUUUUGACAAUCAUUAAUAAAAAAGAAAACGAUAAAUAUGACUAAAUGUGAAAAUUUGUUGCUGUACUCCACUAUGUACCAUUGUUAAUUGAAUAUUUUGACUUUUGGUAAAAAAAAAAGAAAAAAAAAGUAAUUUUUGAAGAUGCCACUUUGUAUUUUCUA